AUGAAACCACUCUUUGUAUCGGAUAACAACAAACUAGUCACUGCAUACAGUCAUGCCCUGAGAGUGAUCACUACGUUGCUCACACGGGCGGGCGUCUUCCUCAUUUCCCUUGGUGUUGACGGUCAUAUCGUCUCCAGGGGCAUCGCCAGUCUUGCUGACUCACUGAAGGAGUUGCAAGGGAUAGUAAUAACUAUAGAGGACUGGGUCGAACAAAUCAUAAGGAACCAUAACAGCGCUCAGGCAACUCCGGUAGAAAGUGGGCAAAAAGAGGAUGAUGUUGUGAUUACACCUCGCACUCCGUCACGCAGCACUCACUUAGACCAAUCCCCGUGUCUGAGACCUACCCCCGUCGCGCCCAGCCCUGCCGCCCCUUCCGGAGUGUCUACACCGUGGUCAGCAUUUCCGCAAUCUUCGCCUCAAGUCACACCGCUGUUUCGUUGUGACCUUCAAAAUACUCCUGUAUCCAUCAAGAACGCGCAUGUUCUCUUCAAUCGCAUGCGGGCAGUACCUGCAUACCAAACGCCUACACUUGGACUGCUCGAAUCUCCCAUGACGUCUCGCGUCACGACGCCACUUGCAUAUGGAGGACAUCUUUCUUCAAUCGACACUCCUCGUCCAAUCAUACCAUUGUUCUGGCAACCGGCACCGAAAGGACAUCCGGUCAAACUGAUGGCACCAGACAGUGCGAGACAUAGAAAGAAGGCUAGUAAAGAGAACGAGGAAGUGGGGACUGCCUCUGCAGCGAGCAGGUCAAUAUCAUGA